AUGACCGACACGGACGUAGAGAACUCGGCAGGUGAACUGCCUGUGGAAGUUUGCACUGAACAGUGCCAAAGCGCGAUCUCGCUCAACAUGCAGAUGGCGCUGCGGGCUAACGGCGGCCGAGGAAGGCAGCGAUUGCUUUGCAGCGACAUAUCGCGCGGUCGAGAGCCGCACCCGCUCCCCUGUGUGAACGAAGUAGACGACACGCCCUUGCCGGACGACUUUACGUAUAUUACCGCGCACGUGACUCCGCAGCCAAUCGCCAUCGACUGCACUACGCAAAGUCUGCAGGGUUGUUCGUGCACGUCCGGGGACUGCACGUCUGGGAACUGCGAGUGCGUGGUCCUGGGCGUUCGUCGGUGGUGGGUCCGUGAUCGGCUCAAGCCCGGCUUCCCUUACCACGACCCGCCUAUGUUAUUCGACUGCAACCAGACCUGCGGCUGUGACGCGAGGAAGUGCAAGAAUACAAUAAUAAGCCCGCUGUGCGUGCGCGGGUCGCUGUUCAUUCGCGCCCAAGUGUUCCGGUGCGGCGGCGCGCGGGGGUGGGGCCUCCGCGCCAUGGCGGCCGCGCCGCGGGGCACGCCCGUCGCCACCUACUGCGGGGAGCUGCUCAGUAUGGCCGACGCCGACUCCAGGACCAUGGACCAGUACAUGUUCGCGCUCGACGUCAAGCCGGACCUGCUCGAGCAAUGCUCCGAAAAGACGCUCCUUUGCGUGGACGCCGGCCGCUGGGGCGGUGCAGCCCGGUUUAUCAACCAUAGCUGCAGGCCCAACCUUGCACCAGUACGCGUCUUCACCAACACUAGAGAUCUGCGCCUACCUACUGUCACUCUCUUUGCUGCUCGUGACAUACGCAUUGGAGACGAACUUACAUUUGAUUACGGAGAAAAAUUCUGGUCAGUAAAGUCAAAAUGGAUGAAAUGCGAGUGCGGUACACCCGACUGCAGAUACACGGAACAGCAAACAGAGUCGUAAUCGACGUGGACGAUAAUUAAUUGAAUAAAAUUUUGUCAAGAUGUGGACAAAGCAGGCGGAGAAAUAAAAAAAGUGACGACAGUACUGGAAGAUAAGAUCGAUAAAUAUUUAAACUAACGCCGUCACGUUGAUAACUGCGUGUUACUACCAUUAUUGGUAGUACUGCAUUGACACUAGCGAAAUUCUUAUCACAGAAAGUUUUAACCAGUACAUCUCAGAUCUCAAAACACACAGUGCGCCGCAGCCCGCCACGGUUUUCGGACAAACUCACAAUAAAAUUAGUAUUUUUGUGUAACUGUUGUAAUUUAAGUUAUUUUUAAAUAGGCUAUAAUUUAAAUAAUAAUGAUAUUGUUAUGUAUAACAAUCGUGAAUGUAUACAGA